AUUCUCCUCUAAAGAAAAUAUUAAAAAAAAAAACGAAAUAGUAGUCACCAUGGAAGGUAAGAUCAAAACUCUUCUCUCCACAAUUCUAGUUGUGAGUACUUUUUGUGCCAUUGCUUUAGUGAACCCGGGGCUAGCUCAACUACCUACCAUUCCUAGCUCCCCAAUUGAUCUUGCAAAAUGUUGGUCAUCGCUCCUUAAAAUUCAAGGUUGCGAAGUCGAAAUCUUCAAAUCUGCUUUAACCGGUAAGUUUGAAAACGUUGGACCAACAUGCUGCAAGGCGUUUACCGAUAUCGAUGCAAAGUGUUGGCCCAAAAUGUUCCCAUUGAAUCCUUUCUUCCCUCCUCUUCUUAAGGAUGGUUGCUCUCGCAUCAACGCAGCUGCUCCCGCACUUGCAACAUCUAAACUCUCUAUUGUUCCUGGAUUUUCUCUACCUGGUUCUCCGGUUGAUAUCACAAAAUGCUGGUCAUCACUCUCUAGUGUCGAAGGUUGUGUAGCUGAGAUAUUCAAAUCAGUAUUCACAGGAAAGUUUGGUAGUGUUGGAUCUACGUGUUGCAAAGCAUUUUCAGAUGUAGAUUCAAAGUGUUGGCCACAUAUGUUUCCGCUAAAUCCCUUCUUCCCACCUCUUCUCAAAGAUAGUUGCUCUCGCAUCGAAGCAGCUGCUCCUACACACAAGUAAUGAAGUAGCUAUAUAUGGGGGGUUUUAUUCAAAAUGCAUUAAAUUAGGCUUAUUAGAACU